AUGGCCGGGCGACCAAUCUCGGCGCUUAUGCUUCCGUUCAAUCGCAUGCCAGCGAUGGGCAACAGGAAAUGCGCCCUGGCUGAAUACAAACACUGCGGAAAGACUUUCGCCUGGGGUGCCCAAGGGUUUCAUCGGCUUGCCAACAACGACAACUGCCCCGGGGUACGCCAGUCAUCGCUCGCUUUCCCGAUGCUAUUGUCUGCCGACUUGAUUACCAUAUUACCAGUUAUAGAGAGGUUGGGAUUGCUGCCCGUAGGGCGCAUAUCGUACCAGUAUGUGUCGGACGAGGAAAUCGAGCAAAUUGAGGUCAGACCCAGCAAGCGCCCUCCACUGUUGUCGUCGAUGCGCACGUCGUUCACUACAACUGCUUUGUGUGACUCUAUAACUGUCAAUGAUCGAAAUGAAGCCGACGAGUUGCUGGCGUGCACGAUGCAUUGCCCAGCGGAGUCAAACACCCUUUUAAAAGGCGAUCACUGGAAGGCGUGGCUGACCAAGAUUCGCCCCUCGCACCGCUUCCCAGAACCUGACGCCAUCGGCGGUCAACUGCUCAACAUCGAAUACAUUUUCGCUUAA